AAUUUCGAAAUACUUCUUCAAAUCGCAUACAAAAUUUUCUUGAAUAUAUGUAACACGUGUAUAUCAGCGGGGCACCAUAAGUCUGCAAACGCCGGCUUGCAAAAACAAAGUGCGACUAGCAAACUAUGGUGGUGUUUAACGAUUAAAGAGGUGAAGCGAUUAGAAAACGGGCGAAAGGGAAACUUCAGAAGAAACUCAAGCUGAAAAGCGGCCGGCAGUAUCCACUGGCUACGUGUUAGUCUGCGCGGCGAAACGCCACAGGAAGCUGAAGCGCGAAAAGUACAUCGUGUACCUCAGGCUCAAUACUAGCAGGUUCUGUAUUUGUAUAAGCUAGGACGUAGGUAUUUCACUUAUUCUUCUUUUUUAGUUUAUUGUGUGCGUUACCAUCCAUCCCUUCAGGUCCUAAACGCUUAUUCUGAUCAGGGUGGCAUUACUUUUCCAACUACGCCCUUAGGUAAUACUGAUGAAUAAUACACAUGCACGUACGCGUACGGACUUUUGCACGGAAAAUAAGGGCAUUUCCAAAGCGAACAGUCGCUCGAUCGCUGCAUAGAUGGCGAUCGGGUCGGCGGGUCGGUGGGAUGUUUACUGCCCCCCCGUGGGGUUCAGACCGGGGGCAGGUAAGGAGACGCGGCCCGGCGGCCUCAUUUGCAUAAUUUAUGCAGACGUUUGCAGUGCGCGAUGUGACGUCAGGCGCGGGGUAUAUAAGGACAGCCCUCAGAAAUAGAAGCAGUCGCCGAAAGUUCAGGCAUACCGCGAGUAGGUCGUCCGGUUUCAGACGUGCAGCCGCCUUAAAGGCUCUCAGCCAAACAAAGCUAAACAAAGCUAAAGCGCAAGCUGACCUCUCCUCCGGUAAAGUGGCGAGGAGCGUUAUUCAGACGGGUCUCCUCCUGACCAUGAGCACGGAGAUGUUCAAAACGCCCAUGGAAGUGGCUGUCUACCAGCUGCAUAACUACUCCAUCUCUUUCUUUUCCUCGCUGCUUGGAGGGGAUGUAGUAUCAGUAAAACUCGACAACAGUGCCUCUGGUGCUAGCGUUGUUGCGAUUGACAACAAGAUCGAACAAGCAAUGGAUCUUGUGAAGAACCACCUGAUGUAUGCGGUCAGAGAAGAGGUGGAGAUUCUUAAGGAGCAGAUCAAGGAGCUGGCAGAAAAGAACAACCAGCUGGAACGUGAAAACAGCCUGCUGAAGAACCUGGCGAGCCCGGAGCAGCUAGAGAAGUUCCAAUCCCGGCUGCCGUCAGACGAGAGCCUGCCGACGCAGAGCCUGCCGGCGGACCAGGCCGACCAGCCGUCGCCACACAGCCUGGGCUCUGCUGUGUAAGUGGCUCUGCCUUGGGGCGGGCAGAGCCACUGCUCUCAAGCCGAACUAGACCUCCAGUCGCGUCGUCGCGCAACUUCAAUGAAGCUGGCCGUGCUGAUGAAAAACAAAAUAACAAUGGACAUUCCAGCGGCAGAGCCUGUUUUCUGUUUAACGAAGGCCUCUGAAGACCAGAACGUUAAAGAGAGUGCAGGCAGCGAGGGGUUACAUUGGGAUAGGGAGGAGUGCCUUUUCCAGGAGGAGGAGGCUUACUCUCCCCUCCCCCCCCCCCCCCCCCCCCCCCCAAAGCCUGAUGAGGGGGAGAGGGAAAAUGUGAUGGGGCUGGUCCAGAGACCUGACCUGGAGUGCCCAGAGCGGCACGUCUUCCGAUUCACAGAACCGUGCCACUGACAAGGAGACCUCCAGAGUGGACCUCCAUCCUCAAAAAUGAGCCCCCCCCCAUGGAUUUCUUCUUCCUGGAGCAGGCUGUCAGGCCCUUACUAAACCAUUCCAUCCUCAUCGAACUUCUCAUGUCCUUAAGUCCGUUUUCUAAGCAAAAUCAAGGAAAGAGAGGGGGAAAGAACCACCUGGAUUUAAGGACCCAGGAUUAGGACUUGAGCAAGACUGAUACAUUCAGCCCAACUUUUGAUUACUGUGUGAUUCCUUAUACACGUUGCUUUUCUUGCUCUGCAGCGGGGGUCUUGCUGCUUGUGGGGGAAAUUUAAGUCUUUGGCUUUUUUUGAUGUUUUAUGGAACAGCGAAGCUGAUUCGUCAAUAGGAACUUUGUCACUGUCAUGAGAUGAGCUGUUUUUAAUGUGGAAGAAAUUGAUACAAAUUUGCAUAGUUUUUGUAAAUUUGUACAUAGUGUAAGGUGAAGUACUCAGAAUCACGGAGAUGGAGAUAAUGGAGUUAUUUUUUAUUUUUUUGCAUCAGGUGCACUCCCGAUAUGACUGAUUUUUAUGUUCAGUAGAGUGGAUGACGCCAACUUGAAACUGAGGUAAAAGACAGGUGUCAGACUGUUAUCUGAGAAUAGGGAUACGUUUUCAGCCCAGGAGAUGUUUUCUAGCUACCAAAGACGCUCAGUGUAUACUCACAAGCCAACUAGGACCAUGUGUUACACUCACAGGGAGAAGUCUUGUUAGCAGUUGGCGUUACAGAAUAAGGGGUAUUGUUGCUGUAUUGUGUCCAUAAGACGUACUGCAGGUAUUCACAAUGAUGUAUGGAUACAAAAUGCACAUUGCAAUAAACAAUAUGUUUACACAAAA